GACUCACAUUCUCCAUUAUAGUUCUGCGAGCCAAAGUCAUUGCUAAACAGUAACAAGGACACCUUACAAGUCUGCACUGUGUGGUGGACAUUAUUCAACAUCUUUGUUUUGGACCAUGGUCCUUCAUAGUGGCUGCAGCAUGAGCAUCCCUGCUAGUGUGAGUAUUGAGAGCCAGCUGCCUGCCUCCUGGAGCCCCCACUACAACAGCUCAGAUGCAUCCAUGGUGUCAUCGGGUUAUGCUAAUCGUCUGUGGUCUCAAGACCUCCACCCACAGUAUUGGUCCAAAUAUCAGGUGUGGGAGUGGCUUCAGCAGACCCUAGACAUGCACCAGAUUGAUGCCAUGUCCAUCCCCUUCAAUAACUUUGACCUGGAUGGAAGGCAGCUGUGUAGCAUGAGCUAUCAAGACUUCACUCAUUUGGCUGGAUCUGUUGGUCCAGUCCUCUACCAGAGUCUGACUGAUCUCAAGUGGGGCAGUCAAUAUGGCUCCUCAGCAGAUAUGUUUUCACCAGGGGAUAUUAAAACAGAAUUAGAUGAUCUUCCAUGUUCAAUCUUACCUUACAAAGAGGAGCCCAGUUUCUACACCACCUCAGAUCAUUUUGACAUUAAAACCCCAUUUCAGCCGACAACAGUGAUGACUUCACCAGCUCCCUGUAGUCCAGACCCUAAAAGACCCCACAGCCGCUCCCAACAGGUGAAAAAACACAACCCUCGUGGGACCCAUCUGUGGGAGUUCAUACGGGAUAUUUUGCUGAACCCAGAGAGGAACCCAGGCCUGAUUAAAUGGGAGAACAGAUCAGAGGGUGUAUUUCGCUUCCUGAAGUCUGAGGCUGUAGCACAGUUAUGGGGAAAGAAGAAGAACAACAGCAGCAUGACUUAUGAGAAGCUCAGUCGGGCAAUGAGGUAUUACUACAAACGAGAGAUUUUAGAACGUGUAGAUGGACGCAGGCUGGUUUACAAGUUUGGAAGGAAUGCACGUGGAUGGAGAGAAACAGAGAAGUGAAGAAGUUGGCCACAUGUUUAUUUUCAUCUUUUCCUUUUCAGUAGGAAAUAUGAAGUCUCUUAUUUAUAACGUUAUGACCUUUACAUUAUGUUUCACUAGAAGAAGUGUGAUGUCUUUUUUAUGUUGCUUGUAUUUUUACCUGUUUUUUGUUUAUUUAAACCUGAAACUUUUUCAAUACACCAACCUGUGAAUUAGUACUGCUUAGCACAACACAGAAAAUUUCUCCAUUGUACUUUUUUCAGACAUGUAUUUACAAUUUUUUUUAAUUAACCUUUAUAAUCAGACACUUUUCCAUCACUGGCUGUCAAAACUCCAUGCAUUGCAUUUCAUUGGAAAAUGCAAGGCACAUUCAACAAACUUUGGUUUGGUUGCGCAAUGAUUGGACUGAGAGACAUUUUAUACAACACACUUGUUCAUCUAACAUGGAGGUGUAUAAAGGUACACCCACACUAUUAAUUCCACCUAAACCUGAAAAUCUACAGUGUUUGAAGAGAUGAUGAAACACUCAUGCUGUAUUUGGUGUCUGUUUUGCAACCGUAUGUGACUAGUCUCAAAGAUUAUUUCAAUUACUUUAAAGGCAUGCUAAAUGCAUGCCUGAAGAGUAAUGUGAAAGGCAACUUUCCAAGCAGUACCUCUCCCAACACUGACUAAAAUUAAACAUUGCUCUUAUACUGCCUUUCUUUAUGGCACAUGUUUUCAGUCAAGUUUUUGUUUUGUUUUUUAAUAUAUAUUUUAUUGUGAACCAAAAAGGCUGGAAAGUUUGCUGUAUAGUCUAUACAGUGUUUCAACUGUCUUUGAGGAGCAAACAAUGUACAGUACAUUUGUAAUAUGUAUGCUUCAAUAAAAAAAAGUUAAACUCA